GCGCGGCUACUGUAGGGCGCGUUUGCGCUCCGGCAGCCGCACCGCAGCCGCAGCCGCAGCCGCACCGCGCGGGCGGCAGCAGCGGCGGGGACGGCACCUCCGCGCCCAGCAGCGAGGCACCUGGACACCUGGCCCCGCGGCUCGCUCGGAUCUGCCUGCCCCAGGCCGGAGGAGCAGUGGGGCGGGGUGGGGACAGAGCCGGGCCACCCCCCCCCCCCCGCCCGGGCCAGCAGAGACACUGACCUAGCGCAACCUUUUUAUUAUUAUUUUAUUAUUUUUUAUUAUUUUAUUUUAUUAUUUUAUUUUAUUUUACCAGCUCCAAUUUAGCCCAGGAUCUUUUAACUACUGCCAGCGGUGGAGCACAGAUCGGGAUUAGAUCUUUUCCUCCCCUGCUCCCAAGAUAUUCCUUCUGAGCAGCCACCAUGGGAAGUAAGACCCUGCCGGCCCCAGUGCCUAUCCACCCUUCCCUCCAGCUCACCAACUACUCUUUCUUGCAAGCGUUCAACGGGCUGCCUGCCGUGCCCUCUGACCACCUCUCCAACCUCUAUGGCUUCAGUGCCUUGCACGCCGUACACCUGCAUCAGUGGACUUUGGGGUACCCAGCCAUGCAUCUGCCACGUUCCUCCUUCUCCAAGGUGCCCAGUGUGUCAAGCCUGGUGGAUGCACGGUUCCAGCUGCCCACCUUCCCACUUUUCCCACAUGUCAUCCAGCCCAAGCAAGAGGCUACCAAUGUGACCCUCAAAGCUAAGCCCCGCUUCGACUUUGCCAACUUAGCAGUGGCCGCCACACAAGAGGACCACUCUAAACUGGGACAAGUGGACAGCCAGGGCUCCCCACCAGGGCUGGGCUCUUUGCUUGAGGUAACUAAACUCUCUCCAGAGAAGAAACCCACACGGGGAAGGUUACCAUCCAAAACCAAGAAGGAAUUUGUGUGUAAAUUCUGUGGUAGGCACUUCACCAAGUCCUACAACCUUUUGAUCCAUGAAAGAACCCACACUGAUGAACGGCCUUACACAUGUGACAUUUGCCACAAGGCCUUCAGAAGACAAGAUCACCUAAGAGAUCACAGAUACAUACAUUCUAAAGAAAAGCCUUUUAAGUGUCAAGAAUGCGGGAAAGGAUUUUGCCAGUCCAGAACGCUAGCCGUCCACAAGACACUGCACACGCAAGUAAAGGAACUGAAACCUGCCAAGCUUAAGUGUUGAAUCUCCAGCUUCUAUGAACAUUUCUUCCUCUUCAGAUUUUAUACCAAAACUAGAACAGAAACAAAACUGCCAGGAUGGGAGCAUUGAACUUUGUGUUCUAUUUUCGUUUGUACUUAAAAAUGAGCAAAAUCCCGCCAAGCAACUAUUGUCUUAAGUUGUGGGUGAAAAAAUAUUUUGUGUUUAAAACAUACAUGAAUGACAUGGAAGUGCUAGAUGACUUGUGUGGCUUUGAUAAAUUUUAUGCCAAAAGGUGGUGCUCACGUGUUGGACAGGAAUCUCAUUAAAAAAAAAAAUACCACCCCCCAACAUCCCAAGAAAAAAACUCAAAAUUGUAGCUUCUGAAAGUAUUACUUUUUAAAAAAUCUCUUAUUUUAUACUUUUUUUUUGACUGUAUAAAGCUUCUUACUUUUAAACUUCAGGAAAUACAGAGAGUUCCAGAAGACGAUUAAGAACUGAAAUGGUGGUUUCUCGUCCCGGCACCAUUAGGACAAGGAGAAAGGCAACUCGCAAAUUUUUUUGCUAGUUUGGUGUCUUAAAAGGAGAAGAAAAAUAAGUUUUGGAAAUGACCUAAAUCUCUCAAGUUGGGAGUCCUACUGUGCGCUAGAAAACACAUCUAAAUCUUAGAUCUGCAGGUCCCCUAUAUUGAUAAAUACACACACAGGGACAAAUCAGUGCUCGUGGGACAUGGAGACCUUGUUUUUGCCUUGUGGUCUAGUGUGCUGGAAGAAGGUUUGUCUGUAACUUGUGGAUUUAUUAAAAAAAAAAAAGGAAAAAAAAUAUGGCAAUACAUCAGAUUGAUGGUAUGCACAAAGUGAUUUUAGUGGUACUUUAAAAUCUGCGUGUGUCCUCAUGAGAGAGAACAAAUCUCAACCUGAGAGUUUUGUUUUUUUUUUUUUUUUUUUUUUUUUAAGCUGGCUUUCUGAACAGUGUAUUCAAAUUAAGAGACAUUCCAAUAAUUUUUGUUUAUUAAAAAAAAAGUUGUAUGGCUGUUUGGCACUUUAUGCUGAUUAUUGGUAAUUGACAUUUAUCACUGGAUU